CAUCCCGCAGAUAAAAUUCCACGUCGUCGGUGAAGUCCAAGGCGUAAACUUCCGCCGUUUCGUAAGCCGGCAAGCACGAAGCAUCGGCCUGACGGGCUGGGUGUCGAACCACUCGGACGGCAGCGUGCGGGGCGAGGCCCAGGGCAGCGAGAGACAGAUCCAAGACUUCGUGCCGCAUCUGUACAAGGGACCCGAGGCGGCGAGCGUGAAGUCGGUGAAUACGGAUGAUAUUGAUUCGAAAGGUGGGGAGGAGGGGUUUGUGGUUAAGUGAAUGGAUCAGACGAAAGUUUUGUGGUUCGGGAAGGGUGGAGUGACUGGAUUAAGAGGAGUGGGUGGGUGUGUGUUUGGUUGCAUGCGUGGCUAUGUCCUCAGAUGUCGGAGUGAGAUGACUCGGUGCUCGGUGAUGUCGAGCAGAGCAUUGGACGUCAGCUCGCGUCUGUAUCUUCACUGCGCAACCAGUUUGACAAAGGAAAGAGAUGUCAGUCACACGAAAACGGAAAUUUCAAAUAUGAAAUGUUUACUCGAUUCGAAUCGAGUUGAAUCGAACCGAAUCGAAUUGAAUUAGGAGAAGAACUAGAGGGGUCUUUGUCGUAUCGAAUAGCGAUCGAUGACCCUCUCCGGGAUUAAUGACUCGCUAUGGAAACGCCAGGCCCAAAUACGCUUUUGUUCGUCUGUCUCUCAAGUGAACUGUCCGUCUAUGAGUGGAGGAUAUCAAGUAACGCCAAUAAUGCCUCAUAACCAUGUCAGUGAAAAGUGAAUAAAAGAACUUCUCUCUCUCCGUCCGAAAAUUAGAUGAUGUCGGUCCUCUCCCAACCCAGCGGCUUCGGGUGUUCCAAUCCUUUGCUCGGAUGCGGCUUCCCGGCGUCCUUGUACUGGCUGACGUAGGGAUUCGGG